ACACACACACACAAAAGACUAGACUUACUGGUUUGACAGAGACUGGAAGAGCCCCCAAGACUAUGGCCCCCAGAUACCCUUUUAACUCAGAACUGAAGCAACUCCUAAAGUCACCCUUUAGCCAGAGGUAAGACAGGUCUAUGAAACAAACAAUGACACGUGAGAAUGUGCUGCUUAGUUCAAGCAUGUCUGUGAGACUAAAAGGGCAACACUUGCCCGAAAGCAAUGAUAAGAGGAAGGGACAGGAGAAAUGGAUGGAUGGAAAUGGGGAAUUGGGGUGUGGAAGGGGAGAACGUUGAUUCAUGGUGGGGUUUGCAACCAAGGUCACAAAACAAUGUGUAUAUAAAUUGUUGAAUGAGAAACUAAUUUGCUUGGUAAAGUUUCACCUAAAGCACGCGGGUGCGCGCGCGCACGCACGCACACACACACACACACACACAAAAGGACAUCCCUUGAAAUAUAAAGAUUAUAUUGGCCAUAGGGCAGGGGUAGUGGUGAAUUAUAGAAAGCUGUUAUUGCUCAGUGUCAACAUUUUUAUUUCUUUUGAAAUCAGUAGUUAUGCUCGUCAGUGACUUAAAUGGGGGCCUUGGCCAAUGGCAUUUCAAAGGACAAAAGGUCUGUCUUGUGGAAAGUAUAUUCCAUCCUUGAUUGUAAUUCAACUCAUCAGGCAUUUGGAUUUGGGAGCUAUUCCCACUGUAGGAAGCUUCGGCCCACCCCUCAGGACGGGAGGUGACAGGUACAUAGAUUUAUGUUUUCCAGGCUGCUACUCCAUGUCGGGUCCACGUGCAGUGAAUGGCCGGAAGGGAGGCUCAUUGUCUGUGCAGUGUGGUUAUAACCCUGGAUGGGAGACCUACUACAAGUGGUGGUGUCGAGGAGCUGAUUGGGGAAGCUGCCAAAUCCUUGUUAAAACCACUGGGUCAGAGCAGGAGGUGAAGAAGGACCGCGUGUCCAUCAGGGACAGUCAGAAAAACCGCACAUUCAAAGUGACCAUGGAGAAGCUCAGGGAAGACGAUGCAGGCUUUUACCGGUGCGGGAUUGAGAGAUUCGGGUCUGACCUUGGAGUCCCUGUUAAAGUGUCAAUUGGUCCAGCACUGACUACGAUGCGGACCACCACCACCUCCACCUCCACCAUAUUUACAGCACCAGCCACCCCAGAGGAGAACACAACCUCACCUAUUAUGACCAGCUGGCUCUCUGAUGUCAGCUGCUGGGACAUCUUCAGAGCAGGACCCCUUGCCAAGGGAGGAGAUUUCCUAUGCUUCUCUGUCUUUGGACACCUCGAAUCAGGAGCCAUUCUACAGCAACAUGGACUAGAUCAUGGCCCGCAUUCCCGUGGAGAGCCACGAGGAGCCCACAGAAUACAGCUCCAUCAGAAGCCUUUAGCUGCUACUCCAGGGCUUCCUCUGGGACUUCACCUGAGCCUACCAUGGUGUGCACAUUCCUGUCUCGUCUGCCUUCUGACCCCAGUCCCCUCACCAGGACCAAUGGGUGACUGAGACCUCUGACCUGAUCCAGUCAGCAUCACCUGCAGCUCGGGCUCCAGCUCCAGCUCAAGGCAGACUCAGGGGCUUCUGGAAGUCAGAACAGGAGUUUCUCCACAACUUCUCCUCUGCCACACUGCUUGGGAGGGUGCUGCAGGGAUACUCUGGGCUGCCUUGGGAAUAAUAUUUAUGCUAAUAAUAGAGGUAAUCUUUACUUAUUGGUUACCACAUGUAAUGAGCUGAAAAAUGGCCUUCCAAGGAUACCCACAUCCUAAUCCCAAGAACCUGUGAGUGUUACUGUAUACGACUGUCUUCGUCUGAGUUCUCUAGAGAAGCAAAACCAGUGAAGUGUGUAUACCUAUCCAUACACACACACACACACACACACACACACACACAGAG